AUGCUUCUGCAACGACUAAACGAGCGGGAUCAAGACCUUUUGCGAUCGCAUGAUCUCGUGCUACUGCAAGUUCUUGCCAAAGAAGUCUUUUCUACAGGUUGUGUUUGUUCGACCAUUUCUUCCACUUCAAAAUCUCAACAAGCAGCACCAACACAAGAUGUCGAUCAAUUCCAAACAGUCGCAAACAGAGAUAGCAAUCAAUUAAGUCUCGAAAAGCCAAGAAAUAACGUUGAAUACGUCACAACUACUCUUGACAAAGUCGUUAACUGGGCUCGUCAAGGUUCAAUGUGGCCAAUGACUUUCGGUUUGGCUUGUUGUGCAGUUGAAAUGAUGCACGUAGCCACUGCAAGAUACGAUCAAGAUCGUUUAGGUAUCGUUUUCCGUGCUUCUCCUCGCCAAAGUGAUGUGAUGAUCGUUGCCGGAACAUUGACAAACAAGAUGGCUCCAGCUUUGAGAAAAGUGUACGAUCAAAUGCCCGAACCUCGUUGGGUGAUUUCAAUGGGUUCAUGUGCAAACGGUGGUGGUUAUUAUCAUUAUUCUUACAGCGUCGUUCGUGGUUGUGAUAGAAUUGUUCCAGUUGAUUUAUACGUUCCCGGUUGCCCACCCACAGCAGAAGCACUUCUACACGGAAUGCUCUGUUUGAUGAGAAAGAUGAGAAGAGGACGCAAGAUGACACUAUGGUACCGCAAGUAA